AUGUCUUCAAUCGACUCUGCCUCCACCGCUCACGGUCAGACUGCGACACUGCCUCGAUACGGCUCGCAGCCAGCACCGCCACCGGGCGCGCCACUCGCGCCCUCACUCGGGUCCGACGACGAGCUCCCCGAAAUGGUUGACGCGUAUACCCAGACCGACCCAGGGUUGUUCGAUGAUUCUGCGACACCCUCGUCACUGGACGCCAACAUUUCUUCUGCUUCCUCUCCAACGUUCGCGCACGACCAGCGUUCUCUGCCCAGAGAUGCGUCGAUUCACGACACACUGCGGCAUAUUGUAGGCGGCCAACGUCUCGCUCUCGAGACUUCUAACGUCUACAAUGAGAUCGCCACGGCGACCAAGCGCGAUAUUGCUUACAUCUUCAAAGCUACCCACAGCAUCCUCUCCCAACUCGAGCUUCUGGCUGACCAGGCUACGCAGCAUCAUAGCUCGACCUCUGAACACAUACAGCAAGCAGUCGAGCUGGGAUCACGCCACUCGGAGGAACUGGGCUCUGAUCACCAUGAGCUCCGAUACCGCAUGGACGAGGUUCAGCGGGCAUUGAACGAGCUUCAGAACGACGUUCGCGCCCCGCAACCUAACAGCCAACCUGCACCGUCCGACGGCCGUGCAUCGUCUCCACCGCUCACGACGGGCACACGUCCACCAAGCCCCGACCAUAGCCCGCACACGCCCGGCUCGGCCCACACGAGGCAACACGCCGAGGACUUCGAAGGGGUUAUCGGACAUCUGCGUCAAUCUGCCGACACGGGCUACGAUGGCCCAGGAGAUCGCAGCAUGCAUGUCCGACGUGCGUAA